GCUUUCAAGUGACAUACGUUUACCCUACGACUCGUUAAUUUGCAUAUUCGGGGGUGGGGGAGAUGCUAAACGGCUAUAAAUGUGCAGUCUUGGAUCGUCAAACGCAUUCUAAGAAGGAGCCGAAAAGCUCAGUCCGAGACCAGACCUUCUGCGUGGAACAGAGCUGGGUACAGAGAGGAAGUGCCUGAAGCGCCGGACAAGUAACAGUACUCAAGAGGAACUGAGCGGCCCAAACUCCUCUUCCUUGUUUUCUCUUCCCCCCUCUUCCGAGAUGAGGUCGAUAUGGUUCCCGCUGCUGCUGGGCUACCUCAGUCUUCACAAGUCUGCGACCGCCAGCGAGCAGACGGCGGCGGGAGAGGACCGGCUGGGAGCAGAGUCAGACCCGCUGGUGGAGAUGCUUCAGAGAGCGGAGACCGUCCUCAUCCGCUCCAUCCUGGAGGAAGGGCGGAAUGCUGAGGCUUUAGACGCAGACUUGCCACCUGCAGAGCGCGUCCUCAAGCGGCAGCACCCAGGGAAGCGGCUGGAGGGAGAGUUUGAGAAGCGGCAGCACCCAGGGAAACGCCAACCUGGGCAGGAUGAGGAGGACGGAGGCUGGGCGCCAGAGAAAAGGCAGCACCCGGGGAGGAGAGAGCUGGAUGGGGUGCCCCUGGAGGUGCAGGCCAGGCAGCACCCAGGGAGGAGGUCGGCCUUUGAGCCAGCCCUGGAGGAGAGUACAGCCCGCCAAUUGAGCACCUUCCUUGGAGACCUCUCUAAGCGCCAGCACCCCGGAAAGAGAUCCCUGGUGUAUGGCCCACGGCCCAGCCGCUGGAGCUGGCAGGAGGAUGGUGACGACUCUGGGGAAAGCCAGUACAACUCACCACAGUACCUGGAGGCACCUGGCGGCAGCAGCAAGCUCAUGUCCCCAUGUGAACUCCAGGAGUCCGGGAACUGCAGCAAAGUCACUUCUCUGUUAGCCUUGCUCAGCAAUACAAACAAGGAUAGAGCAGAGGUAAAGAGGCAGCACCCCGGUAGGAGGCUCGCUUCAGAUGAGCAAUUGCAGGGUAGAGCCUGAACUUACCGAAAUGUGUUUUACUCUGUUGUAAAAAAAAACAUGUUUGCAUUCAUUAACAUUGAGGUUGAGCGGGGUGGGGGGGAGGUUUGCCCUCGAAGACCAUGUAAAGCUCUGCUUCCUGGGCAGGAAUCAGUUUUUGUUCAGCCUGGUUCACCCAUCACAUUCCCCAGCAUGUCCCUUAAUGCAUGCUCCAUCACCCAAAGAAUCUCAAAGAAGGGCAGAGGAGGGGAGAGAGAGAGAGAGAGAGAGAGAAAGAGUGAGUGAGAGAGAGAGAAAGAAACUGGGGGAAGAGGGUGGGUGGAGAGGUGUGAGGAGAAGAGAGAAGCCAAAGAGGCGAGAGAAGAGAGGGGGGAAAAGAGAGAUGGAUGAGCCGAGAGAACAGAAAGAGGAGGCAAGAGAGGCAGACAAGUGACCAGGAGAGAGACAGCGGGAUGAGGAGAGAGUGGGAAUGAAUGGGAGAAAGAGAGAGGAGGAGAGAAAAAGGGUUGGGGAAAGAGGGAAAAUAAGGUAGAGGGAGAAAGAAGGGAGAGUGGAAGAGGGUGCGAGUGGAGAGAGGGGGACGAGUAUAAGGAGGACAGAAAAAGAAUGAGUGUAAAAGCAAAGAAUGGAAAGUAGAAAGCUGAGAGUGAGGGAGAGCUGGCAAGGGAGAGAAAGCAAAUAGAGAACUGGAGAGGGAGAAAAAAGGGAAAGAAGAGAUGCCAGAGAUGGAAAGAAAUCUUCAAGAGAAAAUAAAACAUUUAGAAAAUGUAGGAACGCUGAAUGUGUUGGGUGAGAUAAAAAUAGAAAGUAUAAACGCUGCUGUAAGUUUAAUUUCUAUUGCUCUCGGUUAUUAUUAACUCAUUGCCUAGGAAUCAUUCAUCUUCAUCUAUGUGGUCUCAAAGUGCGGGUUAUUCACUGAACAUGCAUUGGCAGACACUGUCAAAUUUCAGACUCUGUAAGAUACCAGCUUGAUUCUGAGUUCUAAUAAAACGCAUGUCGAAAUUAUUUUUCUACACGAAACCUCAAGUGCCACAUUGUUCAAAGAAA